GUUGUAUGUAUGUAGAUAGACCAGUAUGUGGUGGCUGUGUGGAUGCUGUCGUUUUCUGGUUCUCCAAAAAUGGCUAGCCUCUAUGUGGGUCUUUAUGUGACUUGUGACUGUGAGGCUAAAGACGAGGGAGAGGGUUCGAGUCUCGGGCGAGAGAAGCUCCUCCAUCCAGUCUGCGUGGAUUCCAGAGGAGGACAACGAGGCAGAGGAGAAGGAGAAGGAGGAGGAGGACGGGUACGACGCCGACGACGGUGUAUAGAAUGUGUGAGAGUGUGCUGCCCACAGAUCCAUUUACCAGUAUAGUAUGUAGUCCAGUACUUUGUUCAAGCAGAUCGAUGAUGGAAAGACACGGAGGAGAAGCUCUGCUUUAGUUUACAAAAAGGUGUUGUUCAGAGCGGCCAAGAUUAUUGACGAAGAGCGUCGUUACCACAACUGCAACUGUCUGAGAGUGCUUCUUCGUUUCAAGCAGCGUCAUUCUCAUCCAUUGAUCUCCAUAAGCAUCUGGACAACGAAUAUUUUGAGUGGACUGUCGUUGCAAGCCCAAUAAUUACGGCAUAGGAGGGUUGGGUUACGUGAUGAGGCGUUCAGCAGUAACGUCGGCAACCGGAGAGAACGAUCAUCAGGAAACAAAGUCAAGGAGGCUACAGAUACCGUUGGUUUGCAUUUUUUACCCAGAGUCCUGAACCAAUCCGGCAAUAACAUGAGAACAGGUUGGACGUGUGGAAGCUGAUUCCAAUCCGAUAGCGUCGAAACAUCACAACACUCGAAGAACCAAAAGUGACGCAAGAGCUCCAGUCUAUGUUGCUUUGGAGCUCAGCCUCCAUUUCUCUACAUCACCCAAGCUGUUCCAAAGGGAACUAGAGUGAGGAGGAAAAGAAAUCACCCAAGAGAGCGAUGACGCUGAGCGAGUACUGAAAGCCUAUCGAUCUCCAGAGAAAACACAUUCCCACUGUACGGCUCCACUCCUCGUAACUUGGCUCCGAAGAGAGACACUAGUUACAGAAUAGUGGUAGUACAUACACUUUAGUGGUGGAGUUGAAGAUCUCCCUUGUCAGCCCAGGAACUUUUUUGUAACGUGUUGUUGUUGACAAGGGAUUUGUUGUACUAAGUACGAACAUCCAAGAUGUGUGAUAAAUGCUGCAAAUGUUGCCCGUCAGUGAGCUGUCCACAAUGGCCAGACCGAUGUUGUCUGUGCUUCAACAAAAAAAUCGGCACUUUCAUCACCGGUGUAUUGUCCAUAUUAGGCAACUUGGCCGUUUUGGUGCCCUGCGUUUUCGCAUUGAUCAAACCAGAAUUUUGGGCUGAAGCCUACAAAACGCUGGAGGAUUGGAUCUUGAACAAUCAUUGGGACUCGGAUGUCACAAGUUCGGCCUUGCGUCUUCUCUCCCUGGUUUCAGAGCAUCAUGCUCUGUUUCUCAUCAUCCUGAUUGCUUUCUGCGCACUCCACAUCUUCAAUUCACUCCUUCUGAUCAUGGGAUCCCUCCUGGAGAAACGACUCCUCCUCAUUCCGUGGAUGAUCCAGGAUAUGCUCAUCAUCCUCUGUGUUACGUUGAUCUUCAUCUUUUGGGCAUUCUUCUCGUUCUUUGUGCAUGUUCUAGUCGCCGUGUUCUUCCCCGUAAUCGCCGGACUCCUGCUCGGAUUCUGGUUCUACCUCUGGCGAAAUGUCAAAGAGUACUUUCAUUUCUUGGGCCAAGACCUGGCUGGACAUCAUAAUGGCACGGUGUAUCGGAAGCUCCCCGCCCCUAAUUCGGGUCGAAGUCUUCUGGCAGUGAGUUAGGAAGUGUCAGGAGCCCCCUUGCCGGAUUGCGGAUUUUGUGUGUCAGAGAUUCGGAACAUAAAUAUGCAUCAGAAUUCAGAAUUCUUUCAAGGAAUGUUUACUGUGUUUCUACGAUUCCAAGAUUCCCCUUCGGGAUUCGCUCAAAACCCCAGCCAUAUUUGAUAAUUAUGGACUCAUUAGUCCCUUGAGGAUACUGUGAAUGUAUGUGUAUGCCAUGCACUAGAUAUUUCCCUGCAUCAAUAUCAAGUUGUCCGAUGAUAGUGAGCAAUCACGCGAACAAAAAAAAACAAGUCAAAUAUGAAUAAACCAAGCGUUCUCUCAA